AUGCCUAAGAAAGAAUUCAACCCCAUCGAGUUCGUCAAGGAUCUUCUUGUUGGAGGAGUUUCCGCGGGCAUAUCCAAGACGGCUGUCGCGCCCAUCGAAAGGGUGAAACUGCUUCUCCAAGUUCAACACGUCUCCAAGCAGAUCGCAGUCGACCAGAGAUAUAAGGGUAUCAUCGAUUGCUUUGUGCGUGUACCGAAGGAGCAAGGAUUUGCCUCACUGUGGAGGGGUAACCUGGCUAAUGUCAUCAGGUACUUUCCCACCCAGGCCCUCAACUUCGCCUUCAAAGACCAAUACAAGGAGAUUUUUCUGGGAGGAGUGGACAAGAAUAAGCAAUUCUGGAGAUACUUCGCGGGAAAUCUUGCCUCUGGGGGUGCGGCUGGUGCAACAUCUCUCUGUUUCGUCUACCCGCUUGACUUCGCCAGGACCCGCCUCGCCGCAGACGUCGGAAAAGCUGGGACUGACAAGCGCGAAUUCAGAGGUCUCGGGCAUUGCCUGACCUCGAUUGCGAAGAGCGAUGGCGUCACUGGUCUCUACAGGGGAUUCGGCGUCUCCGUCCAAGGCAUUAUCAUCUACAGGGCUGCUUACUUCGGAGGUUUCGACACUGCUAAAGCCAUGCUCAUCUCAGACCCGAAGUCAGCCAACUUUUUCGUGUCGUGGAUGAUCGCCCAGGUUGUGACAACUGGCGCUGGUAUCUUGUCCUACCCCUUCGAUACGGUCAGGAGGCGGAUGAUGAUGCAGAGUGGCCGCAAAGACGUCCUUUACAAGAACACUCUGGACUGCUGGGCUAAAAUCAUGAAACAGGAAGGAGGAUCAGCUUUCUUCAAGGGUGCCUUCUCCAAUGUCCUCCGUGGUACUGGUGGUGCCCUUGUCUUGGCUAUGUACGACGAAAUCAAGAAAUACAUUUAA